UUGGCAGGUGUGGCUAGAUGCUGACUGGAAUUUGUGCAGCUCAGAGGAAUAACCAGGCUCUUCAGCUGCGGGGAGGGUGGCAAAGCUGCUUUAAAACCUGGAGACUUGUGCUGCAGGAAAGUUCUUCUGCUUGGCCCUGCCCUGAGGGAAAAGACUUGGAGAAGAUGGAGAACCAGAGUGGAGUGCUCUUGGGAUAUGUCCACUGGGAAGGAAAAGAGGAAGGGGGUGAGGAGGAUGGAGUGACUCCUCGUGUUUCUCCUCCCAGCCAAAUGAGCAGACUGGAAGAUGUGCAGGUGGAGAUGCUUGAGAAGGCAAGGGAGCUCUUCCAGCUGUGUGACAAGGAUGAGAAGGGUUUUAUUACCAAGGUGGACAUGCAGCGGCUCCAGAGUGAACUCCCCCUAACCCCUGAGCAGCUGGAGACUGUUUUUGACAGCUUGGAGCAGAAUAAUAAAGGAUACCUGACACCUGUGGAGUUCAGCAUGGGUCUAGGAAAGYUAAUAGGAAUUGAAUUGUGUCAAGGGGCUGGGAGAAUGGAUCACUCCAGACAUGAGGAGACCUUUGAGUCAGGCUGGUCAGAUGACUUGGACCCAGCAGAUGAUGAUGAAGAGAAACGAUUCUGUUCCAUGAUGGAGCAGCUCGGAGCAGCCCAUUUGUUUGAAGACCCACAUGAGAUUCGGGAGCUCUGGGCUCGCCUACGAAAGGAGCGUCCAGAGCUCUUGUCCAAUUUUGAAGAGUUUCUGUUGCGUGUUUCAUCAUACAUAAGGGAGGUGAAUCAUGAGAAGGAGUCGAUGGAACAAGCACUGAAGAGGAAGGAGUCAGAUCACGAUCGAGAAGUUAGAUGCCUUUAUGAAGAAAUGGAACAACAGAUCAAAGCAGAAAGAGAGAGGCUGGUCUGCCAGGAAGCACUGAGGCAUGACAGGAGUAACCUGCUCCAGAAGGAGCUGCACAACAAAGAGCAGGAGCUGGAGAAAAUCCUCUACUGUCAGAAAAAGCUGGAACACCAGCUACAGUCACUGAACUCAGAGCAGCUGGAGACCCGUGUGCAGAAUGAAAGGCUCCGGMACCUGAAUGAAAACCUGCUUGAAGAGCUGGAGAAAAGCAAAUGGGAGCURGAAGCAGUGAAGGGGCAACUACAGAAGCUCCAGAAAGAGGCUCAGCUUGAGCAAGAACAGAAGGACAGGGAUGUGUUUAGAGUCUCCAAAAACAUGCAGAARGAGAAACAAAGCCUUCUUCGGCAGCUGGAACUCCUCAGAGAAAUGAACAAGAAACUUCGAGAUGAGCGAGAUGCUUUUGAAGCCAAGAAGCUGGUGCCUCAGAACAAAAAGCCCCUGUUGAAGAAAGGGUCAGUGCUAGGCAGUUGCCUGCUGGAGGACAAGCCUGUCAAACGACAACUGGCCUCUGCGGACCUUCCCUUCACCUUCCCAGUGGAUGUGGCAGCRGAAGAACCCAACAGAAAGAACUGUAAAUACUUCCCAGGCAAUGGGGUGUGGAUGAAGACAGGAGGAGGAGGCAGCACAAACUUAGGAGAGAGCAGCAGAGACGAGGACAGAUGGSCCUUGGCAGCAGAUCCUGAGAGGUUUAAGAUGACUUUGAAGGGUGACUCUGACUGCAGAAGAAAUGCAGAUGGCUUAGAUGCUGCUCUGCUGCUUCCUCGAGCGCAGCCUGUUGGCACCGAAACCACGCUCCAAGCACUGGAACCAGCCAGCUGUUCCCCAGAUCGCAUCUUUAAAGUGGUGUUUGUAGGGAAUUCCGGAGUUGGGAAGAGCUCCUUCAUCCACCGYUUCUGCUAUGACAGAUUCUUGGCUGAGCUCAAUGCAACCAUUGGUAUUGAUUAUCAGGUGAAGAGUCUAAUGGUGGAUAACACCCAGGUUGCCUUACAGYUGUGGGAUACAGCUGGACAAGAGAGGUUUCGGAGUAUUACCAAGCAGUAUUUCCGGAAGGCAGAUGGGAUCCUGGUGAUGUACGACAUCACAGCCGAGUGCUCCUUCGUGGCAGUGCGGAACUGGAUGAGCAGCAUCCAGGAAGGUAUCGAGGAUGGAGCUGUGGUCUUUCUGCUUGGAAAUAAAUUGGAUGCUGUGCAGAGAGAGACCCGGAAUGUGCCCAAGGUGGAGGGUGAAAGACUGGCAAAGGAAUACAAAGCUGUGUUCUACGAGUGCAGCGCGAUGACUGGCUACAACAUCAUGGAGCCCAUGCUGCACAUGGCCAGGUUGCUGACAGCACAAGAAGACAGGCAGAAGGAGAAUGCCCUGCAGCUGGAAGAGAUCAGCAGGAGGAAAGGGUGCUGCACAUAAAGCAUGGCAAUGUGUCAGCAAGAGACGUGCCAAUGCUGUAUCAUGAAGCUGCUGUAUCAUGAAGUGCCAGUGCUGUAUCAUGAAGCUGCAGGUUCCUUUCAAGCAAGCUGAAUUUGAUGGUAUCAGCUCUCUAGAGAUUUGGGGGAGGUGCAGCUUUUCCCAGUCUGUGAAUUUUGAGGAAUAAAUCAGGCCAAAAUGUGCACAUUAUCUGCACUGUUCCAUUUCCCAGCUCUGCAUGCAGCCCUGGUCUCUGGAGGCCUCUGCUUCUUUGGGGGAAUUUGGAUGGUCUUAGCUAAUUGCACAAACUGAUCCUUCUGUCUGGAGAGGUCUGUUCCCUGUAAAGGGAUGAAGUCUUGUUCCUGUUCUUUCUGGCAAAGAAGUGGCCUAGCAGCAGAGAGCAGAAGACAUGGUGGGUCUGUAUUAAAUACAAUUUCAAUGUAAGAGAUAAAGAAAUCAUUUUAAACUUGGCCUACCUCUAAGUAGUGAUCCAUUUGUGUCUGAGAACAGCAUCUCYUCUUGGUUCUGCAACAGCAGUGCUCAGCUGAGACCCUGCUGUGGUGAGCAAGAACACUUCCACCACUUCCUGUAAGAUCUGGAUCAGGCCCUGUAUUGAUUGCAGGAUUUGGUUGGACUUGUCGAUAUUGUAUCUGUUAACAGAUUCCACGUGUGAUUAUAGUAUGAAUUGAUAGGACRAAUCAUUCCAAUGGCUUUCAUCGCUUUGUCACCCUAAUGGACCUUGUCACUGUCCUAUCGUGUGUUUACAGAACACAGAGCAGUUGCCCUGGGACCCGCGGCUGCUGGUGUGUGCUGCUGACUCACAGCCCACUGCCAGAGCUGUGCUAUACAAACCAGGGGAGCCAUAUAUAGCCUGUUUCAAGGCUUAGUGCUGCCUGUUUCCUCCCAUUGUCUCAUCCUUUCCUGAAGAAUCUCCAGUAACUCAGAACUGCAGUCCUGAAGGAUCCCAACUUCCAGCUUACCGGAGUGCUUUCAAAUGCACAUGGGCUGGAAACACACGGCAGCUGCCUGUCUGAAAUGUACCUUUUAGUGACACAGCCUCAGUUUACUGGUGAAAGAGCCAGACUGAACCUGUCCCCAUUGGGAAGGGGUCUUCUUGUCACUAAGGGGCGGGGCAAAGCACCCCUGGGGUGCAAUGCUUCCUGGUUUGCUGCUCAGUGGCUCUCAAAGCCUUGUGUGACUGAGUGAGAUUUUUGGUAUUGCCCUUUCACCUUCAAUGCUGUUUUAGUAUGUGGCUCUGACAUUUUAAGCACAAGAUGUGACACUGCAGAUCUGAAGCAGUCCCUCAGCCUUUCAGAGAGAAGGCCAGUACUUKUCCGUGAUCCUUCCUCUCUUGGGAUGAGGCGGUUGCUCUGAAUGACUGUUUAGUUCACAAAUUUCCCUGGGAAUAUCCCAUGCAGGAAAAGUGCUCUGAGUCAUCUACAGCCCAUCAGUAUUACAAAGGAUUUCCAUGAUUCCUUCUGGUGCCCUUUAAUCCUGAUAGGAAAGAGGAAAUAUUUCUCUGGAAGAGUAGGAUUUCUGAGUAAAAGGAAGAGCUAAAAGUAGUAAGAUCCUGCUCACUCCUUACUGUUGGCUGGCUUUGGCUCACACGGUUUAACUGCACUAACGCCUUCCAGAGACUGGGAAUCAGAAAGCUGCAAGAGGUCCUGAAGGACCAGGGUAGAUGGUGGAGCCUGGAGUGAGACCAACAGUGCUGCCAGGGGAAUGGCUAAUGGCUUGUGUUUGCAAGGAGUGAUAUUUGGGAAGGGA